CUGCUCCGCAAAUAUAGAGACGCCCGGGGGCGCAGAGACAGAGCUCCGCAGCCAUCUCGUCCAGAGCUAGAGCCACAGCGGCCGCUCGACACCCGUCCAUCAGACACCACCAGCAGCGCCACCACCAUGCGGGAAAUCGUGCACCUGCAAGCCGGCCAAUGCGGCAACCAGAUCGGAGCCAAGUUCUGGGAGGUCAUCAGUGAUGAGCACGGCAUCGACCCCACUGGGACCUAUCAUGGGGACAGUGACCUCCAGCUGGAGAGGAUCAAUGUCUACUACAAUGAGGCCACAGGUGGAAACUAUGUUCCCAGAGCCGUGCUGGUUGACCUGGAACCCGGAACCAUGGACUCUGUCCGCUCCGGCCCUUUUGGCCAGAUCUUUCGGCCAGACAACUUUGUAUUUGGUCAAUCCGGAGCAGGCAACAACUGGGCCAAGGGUCACUACACCGAGGGCGCAGAGUUAGUGGAUGCAGUCCUGGACGUGGUGCGCAAAGAGGCGGAAAGCUGCGACUGUCUGCAGGGCUUCCAGCUCACCCACUCGCUCGGAGGUGGCACCGGCUCAGGCAUGGGGACCUUGCUCAUCAGCAAGAUCCGAGAGGAGUUUCCAGACAGGAUCAUGAAUACGUUCAGCGUGGUGCCAUCACCCAAGGUGUCUGACACGGUGGUGGAGCCCUACAAUGCCACGUUGUCUGUGCAUCAGCUGGUGGAGAACACUGAUGAGACCUACUGCAUCGACAACGAGGCCUUGUACGACAUCUGCUUCCGCACGCUCAAGCUGACCACGCCCACCUACGGGGACCUCAACCACCUGGUAUCAGCCACCAUGAGUGGAGUGACCACCUGCCUACGCUUCCCGGGCCAGCUCAAUGCAGAUCUACGCAAGCUGGCUGUGAACAUGGUACCGUUCCCCCGUCUCCACUUCUUCAUGCCAGGAUUCGCACCCUUGACCAGCAGGGGCAGCCAGCAGUACCGGGCCCUCACCGUACCUGAGCUGACCCAACAGAUGUUCGAUGCUAAGAACAUGAUGGCUGCGUGUGACCCGAGACACGGUCGCUACCUGACCGUGGCUGCUGUCUUCCGGGGACGGAUGUCCAUGAAAGAGGUGGACGAGCAGAUGUUAAGUGUGCAGAGCAAGAACAGCAGCUACUUCGUUGAGUGGAUCCCCAACAAUGUCAAGACAGCCGUAUGUGACAUCCCACCCCGGGGCCUGAAGAUGGCAGCCACCUUCAUCGGCAACAGCACCGCCAUCCAGGAGCUGUUCAAGCGCAUCUCCGAGCAGUUCACCGCCAUGUUCAGGCGCAAGGCCUUCCUGCACUGGUACACCGGGGAAGGCAUGGACGAGAUGGAGUUUACGGAAGCAGAGAGCAAUAUGAACGACCUGGUGUCCGAGUACCAGCAGUACCAGGAUGCCACGGCUGAAGAGGGCGAGUUCGAAGAGGAGGCCGAAGAGGAGGUGGCUUAAGUCUCCUGCCAUCACUCUGCCCCUGGGGCCCACCAGCAAAGCUCUGACCCUAAGCACCCCACCUCUGCACCCAGUUGCCUCGUUCCCUCAGAUCCCAUGAGCAUCUUCACCAUGAGGGCCAAGCCCAGGUUGCUUCUAUUUGCUUCACCCUUAACUUCUAAACCCCACUGUUUCUCCAACCUGCCAGGGAAGGGCUCUUCUAGUUCCCAUGAGUGUCCCUCAACGUGCGCGCAUGCACGCACACACACACACACACACGCACACACACACGCACACACUCACACAUGCACACUCACACACACGCA